UAUUUUGCCAUCUUUCCUUUACCUUAUAGAUAUAGUAUAUUAAAACUCAUCAUACUACCUUUUUCUUCACCAUCAUUAUCCUAUCGGAGACCAGAAAUAUAAAUCCUCUUUUCAUUGUCCUUUUUUAGUUAAAUAUAGAUCGAGUUACAAACCCAUUUUCUUUUCUUAUCCCUCUUAAAAAAAACUCAAGAAUGUAGUGUUAGAUCCGUUUAAUACAAACCCAUUUCUUCUUUCUAAUCACACAAUCACCGUCACAAAACAAAACAAAAAGAUGUUUAUAUUCAUCCUCCGUCGCACCGCCACUCGCCGCCGCUACACCACCACCACAACCACCGCAACCUCAAACCUCUACACAAAAUACUCUUUCACCCCUCCACCAUCUCUCCACAAACCGACCAAAAAUUCAACACAAAACACACACUUUAACACCCACAACAACAAUAACACCAAAAAGAAAAAACCCCUUUACAGACCACCUUCAUCUUUAGACCGGGCCGGUUCAAAACCCAUAAAAACCGACUUACCUUUUGAUUUCAGAUUCAGUUAUACAGAAAGCAGUCCUGAGGUGAGACCCAUUGGGCUCAGAGAGCCAAAGUACUCGCCUUUUGGACCGGAACGUGUCAAUAGAGUGUGGACGGGUGUAUGUGCCCCUGCUGUGGACCCCAUGGCUGGGAAAGAACAAGUUGAGAAGUUGGAAGUUGAGAGGAAAAAAAUUAGGGAAAGGAUUCAAGGACCUGAACUGACUAAUGCUGAAAGACUGGAGUUGGUUCACAGAUUUGGGAAACAUAAAACCAAAAGACAAAUUAAUUUGGGAAGGGAUGGAUUAACACACAACAUGUUGAAUGACAUUCAUAAUAAUUGGAAACAGGCUGAAGCAGUUAGGAUCAAAUGUAUGGGUGUACCAACUGUCGAUAUGAAAAAUGUGUGUGAACAGUUAGAGGAUAAAGCAUUUGGUAAGAUCAUACAUAGACACGGCGGUUCACUUAUGUUGUACAGAGGCAGAAAUUACAAUCCCAAGAAGAGACCUGUAAUUCCUUUAAUGUUAUGGAAGCCCCAGGAGCCCGUAUAUCCUAAGCUGAUAAAAACUACUAUUGAAGGUCUAAGUAUUGAGGAAACAAAAGAAAUGAGGAAGAAAGGAUUAGCUGUUCCUGCCCUCACAAAACUUGCCAAAAACGGUUAUUAUGGAGGUCUUGUUCCGAUGAUCAGAGAUGCAUUUCUGGUGGAGGAAUUGGUUAGAAUCGACUGUCGGGGUCUGGAAAAGAAAGAUUACAAGAAACUGGGUUCCAAAUUGAGGGACUUGGUCCCCUGCAUCCUGGUGACAUUUGAGAAAGAGCAAAUAGUUAUAUGGAGAGGUAAAGACUACCAGCCUAAAGAAGGUGGAUGCUUUCUCAUGGACCGUGAACAUUUUGACAAUUCUUUCAAUGACAUAGACUCAGGGCAGGAAAAUGAAGAAAUCAACCAUUCUACAAACGAGUUUGACUCUGGAGAGGAAUAGUAAGAUCCUUUUUUGCUCCAUAUCUUGUAGUUUAGCUGGGUGGUUGAUCCUUGCAGUUGUUAUCUAAAGAUGAAGCAUGCAUCAUAAAACAAGUAAAUGUUUCUCAUCUUGGAUCUAUAAAGAAAUCCCAAAUUGAGCGGCUGAAGAAUAGUCAACCCAGUUGCUUUUCUUCACACCUAAGACAGGUAUGAUGUUCUUAAGUCUACGAAACUUUUUCAGAGAGUUGAUAUAAAGUUAUCAUGUUAAUAGUUAAUCCAGGGUAAAAUCAUUAAUCAGUAUAUAACGUUCUGGUUCACUUAUAUACAAGGUUUAUUAUCUGAUGCUAUGUUAUCUUUGUUCAAUUAUGCUAUGUAAUUAUGUUUUGUUGUAAAUAAAUCUGCUUCAAAAUAGAAAAGACCAAAUUGGAUUGUUUC